AUGCCAAGUAAGAAAUUGCCGAAGAUCAAGAUUAUUGACGUGAUGGAAGAAAUAUUGGAUAUUGAAGAAAACGAAGAAAUAAUAGAAAUGAUAAAAAGACAAAAUGAUAUUGGAAAGAUUGAUAAUACUAAAGUAGAUGUUAUAAAAAGAUCAAGAAUAAAAAUAAAAGCGGUAUGUAAUAGAAGAACAGGAGGCACACUUAUGUACAUUAGACAAGAUAUUAAAUAUGAAGAACUAAAUAAAGUAAUAAAUGAUGGUAAAGAAGAAAAAAAUCUAUGGAUGUGCAAUAUAAGACUUAAAAACAGAUCUAAAGAACUCAUCAUAAGUUGUGUGUACCAUUCACCUAGUCAGAGCCAUGGUCAGUUUAUUGACAGGCUCAAUCAAGAAGUAGAGAAUUUAAUUGACAAAGGAACAAUUAUAAUAAUGGGUGACUUCAAUAUAAAUGUUGAUAUGGAAAGUCAAUAUUCAAAAAAAUUCAUAAGAUUGAUGAAAAGUUUGGGUUUUAAACAAAGAGUUAAAAAUCAUACAAGGAUAACAAAAGACUCUAAAACGAUCAUAGAUUUAGUAUUCUCAUGUGAGGAGGUUAAGAGAGAAGUACUAGAAAGUUCUAGGAUAACAGAUCACUGUAUUGUUGAGAUAGGUUCACCGAUAGUGGAUUAUAAGAUGGAUAUAAAGGAUAGGGUUUUGAUAAAAAAAUAUUACAAUAAUGUAGAUGAAGUGAAAUUGGCGAGCUUUAUGAAAGAGGAAUAUGCAAGCUGGUGUGCAAGUGAAAGAAGCAACAGAAAUGAUGUAAACGAACACACUAGAAGCCUUACAAGGAUUAUAGUUGAUAGUAUCGAUAGACAUGUACCAAUGAAACAGAUAAUAAUUCCUGCAAAGUGGAAAAAUAAACAAUGGAUGAAUGCUGAAAUUAAAAAAUUAAUGUACCAAAGAGAUGAGGCUUAUAAAGAGGCAAAAGAGGAAAGUGAUGAGUUAUUAUGGUCUAGAUAUAAAGAAUUGAGAAAUAUGGUUGUAGAUGAGAUUAGAAAAGCCAAAAAGAACUUUUAUGCGCAUCUAAUUGAUAAGAAUAAAACAGACUCUCGAAAAAUGUGGACGAAUUUGAAAGCUCUCAUUGGUAAUAAAAAUAAACGGAUGCAACGAAAUGAAAUAUCAUUUGAUAAUGAAUGCUGUGAUAAUGCAAUAAUUAUAGCUGAUAAAUUCAAUCAGUACUUUAUAUCUAGUGUUGAAAAUAUUGUUGAGGAAAUUGAUAAAACAGUAACUGAGCCUGAUGAGCUAUCUCUUAUUGGUAUUAAGACAAUUUUGAAUAAAUUAGGAACAACAAAUGAGGAAGAGUUAGAUAAAAUAAUUAAAAAUUUUGAUACCAACAAAGAAAAGAAUAAUCUAGUCUCACCCGAAGCACUAGUCAAAGUAUGGGAUAUAAAUAAGCAAAUAAUUAGUGAAUUGAUUAAUAGCAGCCUAAGAUUAUCUGAAGUACCUGAAGAUUGGAAGAAUUCUACAAUUUAUCCUAUAGCUAAAGCUACGGGCACUAUAAAAGCUGAGGAGUACAGACCAAUUGAUACUUUACCAGAACUCGAAACGAUAUUAGAAAAAGUAGUGAAAAAUAGGUUAGACGAGCAUGUUGAAGUAAACGGAAUAUUAAAUGAAGAACAGUCUGGUUUUCGUGAAAACCAUUCCUGUGAGACAGUGAUCCAGAAAAUUAUGUCUGAGUGGCGAAAAGAACUCGAUAAUGGCAACAUGAUAGGUGUUGUAUUAAUAGACAGAGAUUAA